UCAUUGAUAAAAGGUCACAAAUAAAUCUAGCAUUGCAGCAGUGCAGCUGUACAUGAAUGAUAAAAUAUUCAGCGUCAUUGACAGGUUCAGCCCCUUAUGAACAUUAUCUCAAUGAUCUGUUGUGCGCUGCUGUGUUUUGAAAAGCUCUGCAGGAAGAGUGAAUAAGAGAAGUUGUUGUGCAGUGGGUGUUUCUGGCUGCUUCGUGUGUCUGUGACGGGGCAGUGGAAAGGGUGAGCGAGCAAGCGAGAGAGAGAGAGAGAGAGAGACUUUUGUAAAGUAAGAAGAGAGGCUGUAUGAGCUCACAGGAAGAGGACGAUCGUUUAGCGUGUUUCUUCAGUCCCGGGACAGUAUCAGGGGUAUCUGCAGGCUCGGGGUGUGCCUGCUGCGCUGCUGUGGCAUCAGCAUGCUGAGCUUGGUGCAAAGCUCGAAUCCCUUACGAGACAGAGCCCGACUGCAGAAGAGCUGCGCAAAACAGCUGAUCUCUCUUUCCUCUGAUCCUUCUCAGACCGUCAGCAAGUACAAUGCGCAGUACCACAAGCUUUUCCAGAGCGUUCCUAAAGAAGAGAUCCUGAUGAAAGUGUAUUCAUGCGCUCUGCUGCGUGAUAUCCUGCUGCAGGGACGACUUUACAUCUCCAGAAACUGGCUGUGUUUUUACGCCAACCUGUUUGGUAAAGACAUCAAGGUGGCGGUUCCUGUAGCGUCAGUGCGAAUAGUGAAGAAACAUAAAACAGCCGGUCUGGUUCCCAAUGGUUUGGCUAUCACCACAGACAGCGGUCAGAAGUAUGUGUUUGUAUCUCUACUGUCCAGAGACAGUGUCUAUGAUGUGUUGAGACGAAUUUGCACACAUCUACAGGUCAAUGGUAAGAAAAUCCUGAGUUUUAAACAGUAUAUGGAAGAGCCGAGCUCCAUAUCACUGGAUGAGUUUCCCGUUCCUGAGGUUUAUCCAGUAGCAGAAGAUUUUCCUCCAGUAAUGAAGUGGAGAAGGAAGCCAUCAGUAGUGUCCGUGUCGUCAUCUUUGCCAGAUUUACUGGGAAACUCUGCAGCCGCUAUGAAUGCUGUCGACACGCCGUUUCAGACAGACAAACCUCUGGAGGAGCAAGUUCUCGAAACCAAGAAGAUCCUCCUGACAGAGACGAUACCCGAGUUGGGUCAGAUGGAAUAUCAGCUACUGAAAUUCUUCAUUCUCCUUAUUAUCCUGCUGAUUCUGUCCUCGUGUUACCUGGCCUUUCGUGUCUGUAGCCUCGAACAGCAGCUCUCGUUCCUGAGCAAUAAUCCAGCAGUGUCACUGAGAGAGAGGUAACUGACAUGAAGUCUGCCCAGCAUUGGCCUGUCUCUCUCUCUCUCUCUCUCUCUCUCUCUCUCUCUCUCUCUCUCUCUCUCUUUCUCUCUCGCUCUCUCGCUCUCUCUCUCUC